GGCCGGCAAACACCAAUCAGUUCUCACUUGGCCCUUGCUGCUUGCAGUUAAUCGCUGGAGAUGUUCAUUAGACUAUUGCUAAUCAGCCAGCUUCUGGCGCUGAGCUACGCCCAGUUGUCUCUGGAGGAGGCUAAGAAACAAAUCGAUGCCUCGGUUUACAGCGAAGAGGAGAUCGGUGCUGAUCCACACCUGCCGGAGCCCCACCUUCCACCCCAGUAUCAGCCACAGAAUCCACAUGGCUACGGUCAUUAUCAGCCUCAGUAUCCCCAGAAACCACAUAGCUAUGGUCACUAUCAGCCUCAGUAUCCUCAGUAUCCCCACAAAAAAGUGACAACAACAACUCCCAAACCGGAAACUACUACAGAACCCAAUAUCGAGCAGGAAGGCAAGGGCACCCUUGCUCCGCCGGAUGAUGGCUUGGAUAACCUGGACGAUGGCUUGCGCCAGAACAACGAUGGAUCUGCUCUGCCAGAGUCCACCACUCCGGAACCUACAACCACUACGACCACCACUACGGAGCCUACAACCACUACGACUACCACCCCGGAACCUACAACCACCACUACGGAACCUACAACCACUACGACCACCACCACAACUACAACUACGACGACGACUCCCAAGCCCGAGAAGCACCACCCACAUCCACAUCCACACCCACAUCCCCAUCCCCAUCCUCAUCCAUAUCCCCACCCAUACCCGCAGUACCCCUAUCCCCAUCCUGGAUUGCAGUUGACACCAGCGGUACCCAAGCCUGGCCUUCCCACGGAAGCUCACUCCACUCCCAAGGAAGCGGAUAAGGAAUCCCCCGUGCAGAGUGGCUAUCCCUCGUAUCCGAUCUUCAGACCGCCCUACUCUCCCUACCAGCCACCUGUGUUCCCUCAGCCACGAGGUUAUCCCCCGUUUCCUGGACAUCCUGGUUAUGGCAACACUCACAACCACGAGGAGGAUUCCAGUGAGGAGAAGCCCAAGGAGGCUUCUGGCGAGGAUGAAAAAGAAAAGGAGGAUGUGCCGCUGAAGCCUCCUGGUUUUGGCUACCCGCCAGUCUACGUCAUUCCCCGCCGACCAGUGAUCACUGUACCCAGCUAUCCGCGACCUGGUGGUGGUUACGGUUCACCCUACGGUUCGCCCUACGGUUCGUCCUACGGAUAUGGACGGUACUAAUACUCUAUACACUGUGAAAAACUACCUAACCUAGUCUAGAAAGUCAAUUGUUGAACAUAACUAUUUUUGUACUUGAAGUUUACUUUUUAACAUACUAUUAAAUACUCUUUGAAUUAUA